GACCAGCACACAGAAUAUAUGAACGUCGCAGAGAACGUAGCAUUGCUGUGUAUUAGCUAUUAGCCAGCAGUGCUGAAGCAGCGGAGGCUGGGAAUACCGUCGUCUACUAUGUACAUGUAUAGACAAGUACCGUGCCGUAUCCACUGUUUUCGCCUCGCGGUCCUCGUGGUCCCUGGGGCAGACCUACCCACCCUCUAGGAAUCUCUAGGCAAACUCCGGGGUCCUACACCACUGUGCACAACAUCCUGUACCAUCGCCUUCUUUUUCUAUUGUUACUCCCAUCAUUUGUCAUUUGCUGUGCCUCUUCAUUGGCCGCCUGCUAUUCCUUUCAUCUUUUCCGGCCCUUUCUGCCCCUCUCUAGGCCACAGCGUGCAUCGAGGCGCACCACUCUCGUUUCAGUGACAGAAGCCUUGUCUCUCCCGCCAAUCCGCCCUCCCCGCGCGCCGUCAACAAUCACACCUAACCACGACCUCGGCCCUCCUUCGUUAUACGAUAUCGCAAUAUCGUCUCACCAUCAUAUAUGAUGAUAUAGCCUCCCCUUCUCUCUCGAUUUCAGUGGUAUAUAUACCUUGAGGCAUCCCUAUCGCCGCAUCCCGCAACGAUCCAGAACCUGUGUAGCGUGACCAUGGGAGUCUUUGGCGGGAAGUCGAAGUCGAAGUCGGCAUCGACCGUUAUGCGCGUUGAGAAGGUCGUCGUGCCUACUAAACCUCGGCCAGACCUAAUACCAAUUCAUAGCGUGCGCGCCUCAUCCGCUCACGUCUCCUCAUCCUCAAAGUUAUCUCCCAACCCGCGCACGUCGCGACCGAAGAGCGCAUCUCCCUACCCCUCGUCAUCUGACGAGCGGCGGAUCGAGCGGAAGCGCAAGGCUGUGACGAGUACGCCACGCGACUCGCCCGCUUUUGGCAACGACUCCGACUCCGAAGACGAUGAUGGUGACCCAUUUCGAAAGCGUAUGCGACGGAGCGAUGGUAGAACAGUUGACGUAAACCGCAAGUUGCGCCACAAAAAGGCAUUUGGUGACGAUGUUAGAAGACCCAAUAUCAUACAUGCAGCUGAUAUUGCCUCGAGAGCGACUAAGUGCCCCCCGAUUCCGGGCGCAAAGGAUGACGAAGUGGCCAUCGAAGUACAAUAUCCCUCACGCUGCGCAAGGGAGAGAUAUGAGCUUGUGUGGCAAAAGGAUAAGAUCGAUGCGGUCAAAGACAUUCUCGCCAUCAUCGAGUGUGUAGCCGAGACAUAUCUCACUGAUGCUGACUCGAAGGCCUUUAUUGAUCACAACAUGAGUUUUCGGCGACAGAUGGAGCGCGCCAUAAGUGAAAAGUAUCGGGAUGUCUCAGCCUUCCGGUCAGCACUUGACAGCUACAACAGAAAACUUCUAGAACUGGUAGAAAGUGGUGCUGUCGCCAGGACUCUCGACCGAAUCCAUCAUCUGCCAUCCAGUAUUGUCUCCUUGAUCCUCACCCAGGUUUACGAUCGCACGGUCGCCCCGAAGGUCGAAAUGCUCACCAAGUAUGACGCUGGGAGUGACAAUGUUUACGGAGAGUUGCUACAUCCAUUUGUGACCAAAAUCCUGGUAGAACAGACAAAAAUGACAUCAGAUCAAGUCUUUAUUGAUCUCGGAUCCGGAGUCGGAAAUGUUGUCCUCCAGGCCGCACUCGAGAUUGGGUGCCGCAGCUAUGGGUGCGAGAUCAUGGAGAAUGCUUGCAACCUGGCGGAGGCACAGGAAAAAGAGUUUAGGUCUCGAUGUAUGCUUUGGGGGGUCGCACCUGGAAGAGUCCAUCUGGAGCGGGGCGACUUCCGCACAAGCUCGAAGAUUCUCGAGAAAUUGAAAGAGGCAGAUGUGAUUCUUGUCAACAAUAAGGCCUUCACAUCGACCCUCAAUGAUGCUCUCAUCAAUAUGUUCCUCGAUCUCAAGAAAGGCUGCAAGAUCAUAUCUCUCAAGUCCUUCGUAUACGACAACAAAACAGCAGUAAAUGAUGUUGCCACAAGUAUACUCGAUUUCGAGCAUUUCCGGUAUCACGAGAACUGGGUGAGCUGGACCGGAUCCGAUGGAGAGUACUACAUCUCCACAAGGAAAUAAGGUCAUAUAGUAUACUUUUUCUGCAUUCCCUGAUGUCCAUGUCAAUUGGUGUUUAUAUAUCGCGUGGAGUAGGAUGGGUUUCAACAGCGUCACGCAGGAUACCAAAAACCAAAAGAUUUGGCUAGAUUUAGAAAAACAGAAAACGAUGUAGACACUUACUGCAUAGAUGGCGCAGCUGUAGAUGAUACCAGGCAUAGCAUUGAUGGACAAUUUUCCUUUUAAUGUCGUGUGUUGCUAUCAUCUAUGAUUCGUGUUGGGUGACUCGUUCUGGAGAUUCAGGGCAUCGGCCUCAUGGGCCAUCCUCUUCAUCCAACGAUCAACAAGCUCCUUGUUCUCGGCCUGUACCUUAGUCUCCCUUUGCAAACACAUAUUUAGCUCCAUGUUCAGCGCGAGAUUCUCAUCUUGGACGUCCUAAACAUAAACCGAAGCAGUCAGAACUUCCUCUUUUUUUCGAGUU